AAAGUGGCCUCAAGAUACACAGUACGGUGGUGGUCUUGUUUUGUGUCCCCUUUGGAAGGUUGUUGUCAUUUGCCUCAUGCUGUUAGCCUCGAGUACAUUUGGUUCUUGAAUUGUUUGACGCUCCAUCCCCUUCAUCAGAGUCUGAUUACCCUUGCCAGACCCAACUGCAACCCCAACAUUGAAGUUUAAUUUGUUUUACUGGUUAAUUGGCCGGGGUGGUGGGGACUGCACCACCCGCGUGGCAACGAGCCGAGGGGCGAGCGGCCAGACCAGGCCAGGUGAGGUGAAGGAACAAGUGAAGGCUGCUCAAGACUAACAAAAAGGUCGAGAAGGAACGCCUAAUAAGCCUGUGACUCCCGAUGAGCUAGAGCCAGAACCAGAGCCAGAGCCACAGCUAGAUCCUAAAUAAGAAGCAGGCCGUCCUGUUGGAGCUCCAUCCGCAACUCCCGAACCGUUGAAGCUGCAUUCCACCAGCUGCCCAGGACUCCAGGACCCUGCCAGCUUGCUUGCCGCAAGCACGGUCGAGAGGAGCCAGCCGGCUGAUCGUCUGUGCAUCACCGGAGAUUAAUCCACAGCCCAGCACUCGAGACCCUCUCUUUUCUUCUGCUGCCCUUCUACUGGCCUUCUGCUGUUUUUCUGUCCUUGUCUGUGCUCUGUGCUGUGCAGAAACAAAUCAAAAGAAAUGAGAUAGACGCGCUCCCAAAGCUGCAGCAGCCGCCUCCCGCCUCCCGCCUCGACGCCUCGACGCCUCGAAGCCAGUCCUCGCCGUUACUCGUCAUUGUUCACACUCCCCUAAAACCCCGGCCGCCCGCCACCACCCUCGAGCCCUCGGCGCCUGCUAAGCUUGUGAUGCAUGCAAUCACGGGCUGAGCUGUACUCUAGACCAUGGAAGACAAUAGGUUCCAAAAUGGCCGGAGUGCCCUGCCUCGACCGACCUCCAGACUGCCCAUGCCAAGGUCCACCAGCAUUCCCACGGCCCUGCGACCGUCACAAUCAAGAGAAGGCCUGGCUGCAGCGCCUGAGGUGAUAUCUUCCCGUCUGCGCCCGGCUGCUUCCAGGGAACGGCUCGCGCCCCCUUCCCACGCGUCAGGAAUAAGCAAUAUCACAAACCAACAGUCGCCCGCCGCCUCCAAGAACUUGCCAUCCACACGCGGCCUUCCAAAACCCCGUCCGAUCUCGAGCCUCCCGACUCUCAGUCCCCAGCCCAAAGUUUCCAAGACCGGCAGCAAUGGCAAUGGCAUUGGCAAUAGCAGUGCUUCUUCACGGCUGGCUGCACCUCGAGAUCGCAUGGCAUCGUUACCCGAAGACACCGACUCGCCACGCCAAUCCCAUGUCUCCAAGCUGCCUGGCCCCGGGCUCAGAAGGAAAUCGUCGGCGCAAUGGGUCCCUGCCUUACAGCCAGUUUCCGCCAGGCAAAGGAGCACUAGUACUUCGACUUUGUCAAAUGGUUACGCAUCGAGUGAUUCCUUCUCCCAGGCUAGCCCUAUAGAUGAAGACAACGAUACCACCGGCGAAGACACUCUACGGGCCAAGCCCUCGAAACCAAGACCGUCGUUGGCGGAAAGGACCGUUCAGACUUUGUCACGGCUGCCCUCCACGCCCUCACUACGAGGAAGGGCCUCGAACUCGAACUUCUUUGAGCCCACGGAACCGUACAGGUCGACGUCGAGACCUGCUAGUCGCAAUUCUCGCCCCGGAUCAAGCUUGAGGAACGACGUUUCAACCCCGGCCAGGUCACGACCCUCGCUUAGUAGGCCUGGGUCCAGUUCUGGCCCUCUCCAAGAUUUGUCGACUCCCUUCAACCCGCAGCUACCCCCCGCUGACAGUACGCCGGCGCGUGGACGAGGGCUUGGAAUCUUGCGGACGCCCUCUACCUCGGCCUUGCGAGACCGCUCAAGAUCCAAGAUUGCAUCUGUGCCAGGCUUACGUCGGCCUCGUUCUACGACUCCCAUUGAGGAGCCGCCAGUUCCGACUCCUGAUUCUCCCCUCAACGGCGCCAAGACUCUGCCUACACGGACAAUUACACAGAGACCCUCCGUGAACGGGGUUUUCAAGAAGCCAGCCCUGCCAGCUGCCAGGAAGCUCACAUCAAUACCUUCAGCCGCCAGCAAAGCCAAGCCCGCGCCCCUCAAAUCUCCAGUAACCGUGUCGGAUCGAAGUACAAACGUGUCUGUUGCAUCGACCACCUCAACCAAGUCAACAAGUGUUGGAGGAGAUUCGCCGCCGCCUUUCAAGAAGUCGUCGGCAGCACUGCGUGACCAGAUUGCCAGAGCGAAAGCAGCGAAGCGUUCCGCAGCAGGCGUCAAGUCUCCGCUGCCAGAUGAACCGGCUCAGGCAACUGGUUGGGGCGAGUCACCCGUUGUUCCCACGGACGAUACGUUUGACUUUGGCUUGUCGGAUGACCCUUUCAAUCUCAAUCGGGAUGCCAAUUCGACUUCCAAGAUUGUCAAAUCGCGCGUCACAACUGCCAGGGCAAGUGGCAGGCUCAACAUUGCAGCAUUGGGCUUGAAAGAGAUACCCAAGGAGGUUUUGGACAUGUAUAGCUUGGAGUCCAUCGGCACAUACGACGGCAGUUGGGCGGAAAGCGUCGAUCUUACGAGGUUCGUUGCCGCUGACAACGAGCUGGAGAUGCUAGAUGAGAAGGUCUUCCCGGAUGUCGACCCCGAAGAGCUGGCAGAAGACGAGGAUGCCCAACCCAGCAUAUUCGCUGGUCUUGAGACGCUCGACCUGCACGGUAACAUGCUCAUCGCACUGCCCGCAGGAUUACGGCGUCUCACCUUAUUGACAUCGUUGAAUCUGUCAUCCAACCGUCUUGCCAACAACUGCCUCGAGCCAAUAUCUCAGAUCAUAUCGCUCCGAGACGUCAAACUUGGAGGAAACCUGUUCUGGGGCACGCUCGAACCCUGCUUCGGGCGGCUGAUCAACCUCGAAAUCCUCGACCUGCAUGGGAACAGCCUUCAGGCGCUUCCCACGAGCUUUGCUGAGCUGCACCGUCUUCGCAUACUGAAUCUCAGCGAAAAUAGCUUUGAGUCAUUGCCAUUCGAUGUGCUGUCGAAAUUGCCCCUGACGGAGCUGAAUGCCCGCAAAAACAAGCUUACUGGGACUCUGAUCGACGAUGGGGUGGAGGUCCUGCCAGCCUUGCAGAAUCUUGAUGUUUCAUCGAAUCAACUUACAAGCCUUGCGCGGCCGAAUGCUGUGCUUGCUAUGCCGGCACUCAGCCAGCUCUGUGUGUCUAUGAACCGGCUCCAGGCAUUACCAGACGUCACCUCCUGGUUUGAACUCAUCAACCUGGCUGCUGAUGAGAACAACAUCAAAGCGUUCCCCGAUGGCUUCACAAGCCUUCAGAAGCUGAGAAGUGCCGAUUUCUCAAGCAAUGAUAUCAGGACUGUCCCAGCUGAGAUUGCUCUUAUGGACGGCUUGAAUCUGCUCAGGUUGAGCGGCAACCCACUGAGAGACAAGAAGUUCGUGUCUGCCACGAUCGAGGAGCUCAAGGAGGCGCUCUCAGCACGGAUAGCCCCGCCGCCGCCAGAGGCGGACGAGUAUGACGGCAGCAACGGGCCCAUCGCGGAGGCUUUGACGAGUAAUGAAGCCAGCCCCUUGGACAAUGCGUUCGAUGAUGCGCAUUCGUCGUCUUCUCAAACAGCCCGUGCCCGCAGAGAGCACGACGAAGAAAGCAGGACCGACACAGACGACUUUGCAACUCCACCAACGUCAGUACCCGCUUCCCCUGCACGGACACGUUCCGCGCAAAGCUCGGCGCUUGUCUGGCCGGUGAAGGCUGGGGGCGUGCUGGACAGGUCAGAAACACAGUCGUCGUCUCUGCAUCCUGUUGCCUGCUCCAAGGUGGCGAUGGAGAAUGUGAUCCGUGAGGUCCAGUUGCACCAUAAUCUCUUCGCUGUGCUGCCAGAGUCCCUCAGCUUUUUUGCCGACUCGCUGACCAGGCUCUCGCUGGCCCACAACCAGCUGGUCGGUGAGAGCUAUCUCAAUGUAGGCGAAGGCCUCGACCUGCCUUGUCUCAAGGAGCUCAACCUAUCGUCGAAUCACAUCACUGGGCUGGCGCCGCUGGUCAAACGACUUCGAUCCCCAAGUCUUGAGAAACUCGACGUCAGUCUUAAUCGAUUAGCGACGAUACCCUCACCCAGCGAUCGGGAGCAGGGAGGCCAGCUCCUGCGGGACGUCUUCCCGAACCUGACAGUCCUUCUCAUCGCCAACAAUCACCUCGCAGAUCUGGACCCGGAGAGCAUCCGCGGUGUCAAGGUCGUCGAUGCCUCGAACAACGACAUCGCACACCUCAACCCACGGAUCGGACUACUAGGUGGUGCCGGAGGUCUGGAGCAGCUGAUAGUCACUGGCAAUCGAUUCAGGGUACCGAGAUGGAAUGUGCUUGAACGAGGCACGGAAGCGACGUUGAGAUUCCUGAGGGGCCGUGUUCCUGUCGCAGAUAUGGCUGCGUGGCGGGCAGAGAAGGGGGUGCACGCGGACGAAGAGGUCAGCGAUGUGGACUGAGAUUCAUCAGGCUGAUCCCAAGCCGUGGCUCUGAUAAUUGCUGACAGCAAUUACACUAAACUUGGGCAGUUUGACAGCCGUUGCUGUUUAUCUUCUGGGAGUGGGGAGUUCCUGGGAUUUGCUACUUUGCUUUGCUUUUUUUUUCUUUUUCCUUUCCGGCAUUGCUGACACUUGGGCGGAGAUACCAUAUUGAACGCUUUAUGCUUUACCGCGGCUGCAUGGCAGUAUACAAUCGUCAUCAGUCGACACGGGGUGGGGGCGCGGACAGCUUCAAGGACUUGAACUUUGGGGCGCACUGUACAAGGUGAAAAUAAGGCAAUAGAUGUAAAUGGUCGGUGGAUAAGGGGAGGACUGGCUGACAGGUUCAAGCAACAAUCACAAGGGGCAGCCGGGACGGGGGACGGGCAAGGACUGGUACAUCAUUGUAAUCCACAUUAGGGCUUAUUACCGAAACUGAAUUAUACCACCGA